AUGGCCAAAACAACAUUGGUAACAACAUUUGAUGGUGCUGCUUCUUGUAAAUUCUCCAUGUUACUCCAUUGGUCAAGUGUGUUAGAAUAGAACAUUUGCACUUAACAAAAAUAUAAUUAAUUUUAUUUGUUAUUUAUAGUGAAAUAUGGUUAAUUUGUUCAAUGUUGAAGCCAUAGAGAGUGUGAAGCCUGUUGUGUUGAUGAUAGUGGUCCAGUCAAUAUAUGCAGUGGUGAAUAUCAUGUUAAAGAUGGUAACAAAUGAUGGAUCAAGCUUAAGUGUUCUUAUUGCUUACCGAUUUGUUUUUUCUACUGCUUUCACUGUUCCAUUUGCUCUCUUCUUUGAAAGAAAAAGUUUGCGAAACCUGACUGGAACGGUGCUAUUCCAAGCUUUUCUUUGUGGAUUAUUUGGGGGAUCCUUGCAACAAAUCCUCUAUGUUAAAUCUUUGGCUUUGGUUUCAGCAACAUAUACUAUAACCAUGUUAAAUCUCAUCCCAGCCAUUACCUACCUCUUGGUUGUUUCUCUUAGAAUGGAGAAGCCAAACCUUGGAACACUUGCUGGGAAAGCCAAGUUGAUGGGAACUUUAUCUGGAAUCUGUGGUGCCAUGAUCCUCACUUUAUACAAAGGCAAAAAGUUAUUUAACUUUUCAGUUCACAUCGACUUAUUGGAAAAAUAUGUGACAUCAACAACACAUCAUUCCCAUGCUGGUUCUCAUGUUUGUGGUCUCAUGCUAGCUUUGGGCACUGCUUUCAGUUUCUCAUUAUGGUAUAUAACUCAGUCAAAGAUGAGUGAGAAUUUUCCAUGGCACUAUUCAAUUGCGGCUUUAACCUCUAUAAUGGGUGCAAUCCAAUCUUUUAUAUUUGCUCUUUGCACGGAGAGAGAUCGAAGCCUAUGGAAGCUUGAAUGGAACUUGAGGCUUUUAACGGCAGCAUCUGCGGGUAUAUUGGCUUCUGGGCUUUGCUUUGUCCUGUUAGCUUGGUGUGUGGGCAUGAAGGGACCCUUGUAUGUGUCUGCUUUUAAUCCUCUAUUGCUUGUGCUUGUGGCUUUCAUUUCAUCACUACUAUUGAAUGAAUACAUUACAGUUGGAAGCCUAACAGGAGCCACAUUGAUUGUGUGUGGAUUGUACAUGUUAUUGUGGGGUAAAAGCAAAGAAGCAAGAGAGGUGGAUAAUAUGAAUGAAAUAGUGUCUGCAAAAGACUCUAUUCAAUGUGAUUCAAUUCCCAUUGCCAACUCAUCUUUGACUUGCAUCCAAAAGGAGCAUGACAAGAAGAUACCAAUUGUUGCUUCUGGUGUAUCAUUAAAUGGCAACAAUACUUUAGGAAAAAUUCAACAAUUAAACAUUUGAAGAAACUGUUUCAUAUGAUUAAAAUUAUAUGCAUGUAUAUUUUCACAUUGAUAUUUUUGAAUAAUAAUGGUGAGUAUAUUUCCUUACUUUUUUUUA